AUGUUGACCGAUGCUCAUGAAUUAUUAUCAAAGGUGGGAAAAAGUAUGGAUCCAUCUGGGUAUUUCCAAAAUACUAAAAUUAUUGAGCAUCCAUUUAAUAUUAGUGAUAUUAUUGCAACAAGGAUGGUGAAAGAUAAUUGGAAAGAUUAUUUCUUCCAAGGGCAAAAUUUAAAGAUUGGAGAAGUUUCAUUCAUUCAAUAUUCCCCAACAUAUAAAACGAGUACACUUUUAAAUAUUUCUUUUACGUAUAAUACAGAGAUUAAUAUUAAAUCUAGCCUUGAUAUUAGUAUGGCCUUGGCUCUAAAUAAAUAA